AUGGCGAACGGGAAGAUGACGCCAAUUGGGACGCAAAUGCCCUCGGGCAGAGCGGACGAGUGCGUGUCCGAGCGCGCCAAACACCGAGCCGGGGGACUCAAAGCGACUUUGCGCCCGGUCGAUCAGUUCACGCGCCGCUCCACGCCGUCGCCGACGACGACGGCGGAAGGAACGCGAACGUCGCCUAUCGAGCACGCGUCGCGAGCUGCUCGAGCGGCGGGGGCGGCACAUGCGUACCGAACGUUCGCGUCGAGUGGUUUGACUAGCGCGGCGACACCGACGCGGCGCGGACGCGAACGCGACGCGCCGACGUCGACGCCGAUGUCGGCAAGCGUCAAAAUGCUGGUAAGUGAAGCGAUGACGUCGUUAAAGAAGGCGCGGUCGAGGGUGGAGGAUUUGGUUCGAAGUCAUCGUGGGGUUGGAUUGAACUUUGAAGACGUGGCGCCAGCUUCGCCAACCAUGAACGUCGCGGCAUCGCCGUCGACGAGUGAGACGACGGCGGUGCGCGAAGAUAGGGAGGCUGAACGAGAGGCAACGGAAAUGUUGAUCAGGUCAGCGAAGAAAUCUAUCGCGAAGAAGAGUGCACCGGUGUCACGUUCUCCAAUGCGGUCGCCUUUGCCGUUACGCAUGGAACGCUUUGAUCCGAGCGCCCCAGUCGUCGUGUUGGCGGAUUCCAAGGCGACGGAGAGUACGAUGGUCCAAGGAAAUGGUGAACGCGCCAACGGAGACGGAGUUUACGACGAUGAGGUGACGUCGCAGUUGUCUCUGCCUCCAGGCUUUGACGCUAGCGAAUUUUUAGAGGAUGUCGCGCGGGACGAGCAUGUCGUCGAGCCUUCGGAGACAGACGUCGAGAAAACUGAUGAAGAAAACUCUGACAACAACAUCGACAAGGUGAUGGAUCAACUGGACGUGUUCGCGAAGAUGAUGGCCAAGGUGGUCGCGAAUACGCUGGACGAAAUAAGCGCAAAUAUUGCGAGCAAGCCGGUGACGAUUCCUUCGCCGAAAGCGAAUAGGGUACCCACGUCGCCGAGACGAAGUUCGAGGCGUAGAUCUGUCGCCGGCGAACCCGUGACGACACCGUCGCUCCGAUCGAGUCACUCUGCAGCUCCCACAACGCCGUCGCGUCGAUCAAAACGCCUGGCGUCGAAGGGCAAGGAGCGCACGUGA